GACCGGGCAUGGCCUCCGUAGUGGAAUACAAAGGGCCCAGGGAGGGUUACCGCUGCGGCUACUGCGACGCCCCGGAAGGCAAAGUGUCCAGCGGUGAGUGUGGCUCAGCUUCCCCCCUCCCUUCUUCCCUUCCCCGGCUUGGGCUCUCUUCCGCGGCCCAUCUCGCACUGUCGGCAGCCUCGCCGUCACUGAACAUGGUCGUUGUUCAAGGGGCGGACUAGAGCCUCGCGUUGCCCUUGCCAAAUAUGGCGCGAGUGUCGUCACCCCUCCCCGCCCGCCGCGGUCAGCCCCGGCGAGGCUUGUCCCUCGGGAGGACCGGUGGUUUUGCCCGCCUCCCCGCCCCGUCUUCGCCUGCCCCACAGCUCGCCGGCGCGGGGCAUUGUGGGGUGUCAGCGGCUGCGGCGGCCGCGGGGCGGGGAAGAUGGCCGCGGCUUCCGGAACCUCCCCCACCAUCGUGGAAUACUUCGAGGGCGAGGACUUCUACCGCUGCGGCUACUGCAAAAACGAGACGGGAAGCCGCUCCAAUGGCAUGUGGGCACAUUCAAUGACAGUUCAGGAUUAUCAAGAUCUUAUAGACCGUGGAUGGCGAAGAAGUGGGAAGUAUGUAUACAAACCUGUUAUGAAUCAAACAUGUUGUCCUCAGUACACAAUAAGAUGCCGACCUUUACAUUUCCAGCCAUCAAAAUCUCAUAAGAAAGUUUUAAAGAAAAUGUUCAAGUUUUUGUCUAAAGGAGAAUUUUCCAAAGGAAAUAAUGAAGAAGAACCCAUGGAUUCUCAAAUGGAUGAUGCUGGUAUGCAUGAUUUUGCUCUGAAAAGCAAGUUGGACAUAAAGUCUGACCAAAGACCCCUCAGUGAAGAUUGUCAUGAAUUCAAAGAAAGCAAAGUGAAGGAGAAAGAAGAUUUGGAACCUAAGGAAACUAAAAUGUUAAAUCAGUCACAUGCUAAACAAGAGAAACUGGGGUCUGGCGAGCCGUCAAGUUCUGUUAAAGUUGUUCCCUCAACUCCCAAACCAGGCAAAGGAGCUGAUUUGAGUAAACCUCCAUGUCGAAAAGCAAAGGACAUACGGAAAGAAAGGAAAAGGCAGAAGCUCAUUCUUAAGAGUCAAACAGACCAAGUUCAGCAUGAAGAAAAACCUAAAUUAAAUCAGCCUAAAUCCAUUGAAGAUUUCAUUUUUGACACCUUACCUGACAAGUCUGCACAUCAAUUAGAGGUGAGGGUGGUGAGAUCAUCCCCACCAAGUUCCCAGUUCAAAGCCACAUUUCAGGAGUCUUACCAGGUCUAUAAACGUUACCAGAUGGUUAUUCACAAGGACCCACCUGAUAAACCAACUGUAAGCCAGGUGAGGUUAGUACCUGUUUCCUUUGAGGACCCAGAAUUCAAGUCGUCCUUCUGCCAGUCACUCUCUUUAUAUGCCAAGUAUCAAAUGGCCAUACACAAGGAUACAGCAGCUGAGUGUGGGGAAGCCGAGUUCACAAGAUUCCUUUGCAGUUCACCACUGGAGGCAGAGAAUCCUCCUAAUGGACCUGAUUGCGGUUAUGGAUCUUUUCAUCAACAAUAUUGGCUGGAUGGGAAAAUAAUUGCUGUGGGUGUCAUAGAUGUUCUUCCAUAUUGUGUGUCAUCUGUAUAUCUAUACUAUGACCCUGAUUAUGCCUUUCUGUCCUUGGGGGUCUACUCUGCAUUACGAGAAAUUGCUUUUACUAGGGAACUUCAUGAGAAAACGUCUCAACUCAGUUAUUACUAUAUGGGUUUCUACAUUCACUCUUGCCCCAAAAUGAGAUAUAAGGGUCAAUAUAGGCCUUCUGACUUGUUGUGUCCAGAGACAUAUGUUUGGGUACCCAUUGAACAGUGUCUGCCUGCACUUGAGAACUCUAAAUACUGUCGCUUCAACCAAGAUACAAAAGCAGUUGAUGAAGAACGAAUUAAAGAGCUUGACCGAUUACGGGUACUUUACAAGAGAACAAUUAUGCCUUACAACAUAUAUAAAAAACGACAGAAAGGACCAAGUGAUGAAGCCAUCGUUCAACAGUAUGCAGACUUGGUGGGACAGACCUGUUCAGAAAGGAUGUUACUGUUUAGAAGCUGAAAAAAAAAAGAAUUAUUAAAAAAUUAAUAUUCCACUCUCAUCCUAGGGUACUACAAUGAUUACACUCCAUUUUGCUAUGAUUAACACACUACUGUGUUAAUAGAUCCACAGGAUAAUAUUGUAACCAUCAAAUUGCAUCUUAUUUAUAUAACUCUUAAAAUAUUUAAAGUGAAAUGUUUGUGAAGUAUGUAAUAUAUAGAGAGAUUUAAAAAAUAUGUUUAGGUAUUUAGUCUUAUACUUGAAAUUUUGGAAAAUUGGGGAUUUUUUUUUAAUUCAAGCUAUAUAAGACAUGUCAUCUGUUGAUUCUUGAUGGUAAAUAAAAUUAUUAUUAAGGUGCAUUUAAGUGAUUCAAAUCAUACAUGUGUUUUGAUUUUUCUUUUAGCAAAAUUUAAGCAAACUUAUUUGCUUCAGCUGAAUUAAAAGACAUUAGUUUCAGUAAAAAAAAGUUUCCAAGAGGCACAUUUGAAAAGUAAGGUAUUACUUAGUAUUAACAGCCUUGUCUUUCUGAAGAAUAUAUGUAUAUGUUACUAAUUUCCAUAUAGGUUAUACAUCACAGGAUAUCUUUAUGUAAUGAAGCUGGAUAGUGCUGUUAAAAACAACAUUAGAUAUUUUUAUUUUAAACAUAUUAUCUGCUGAAGUUGCCAUAAUCUUGAAAGAUGGGUUUUUAAAAAACUAGCAUUUCUCAUGACAUAAAUUCUAUAAAAGUCAAAGGUUAAGGCAAAAAUUUCACAUUGGUUCUCUCCUUAGAAUAUGACAUCUGACUUGAAUUACUGAUGUAAAUUAACUAUUAUCUACCCAUCUUUCUAGCUUUACUAAAGAAUAAUAUUUAAUGAGACAAAAAUCCGAAGGUCAUCAUUCUUAUGUAAGAGUGCCUUCUGUCCAUUUCCUUGUCAUAGAAUUAAUUUGUAACUUUUUAGAAUGUGUAGUUAUUGUUCUAUUGUAAUAGUCUGUUAGUAUUUUUUUUUUUAAAUGUCUCUUGUUAUAAACUUACUUGUAUGACUUGUAUUAUUUAGGAAGACAGAGCACCCAUCCUUUUUUGUGUGGAGGGGGACUUUCCUACUUCAGCUCAGGAGGAAGACCAAGAUUAAUCUUAAAUGUUACUGGGUUUAAUAGUAAAAAAAAUUCAGAAUGUUCUUUUGAUGAAACGCUGGGAGCAUAGCUCCUCCUUUUCCCAAACAAGCAGCCAGCUACUAUUUUUACUAUAGUUUUGUGACUCCUGGCUCCCUUGUAAUGUUUCUUUGUGCUUUCUGAACAAAACUAGGAGUUUGAAACUCAGAAGCCUGAUAGGAAAAAUAUACUGUGCAUUGGAUUUAGACUUUUGUCUAAGACAUAUACAAUAUUGAAAUGUCAUAACUAAGAACGCUUUUAAUUUGAUCCAAAGCAAUGUGAGACUCUUUUUUUUUUUUUUUUUCCAUCAAAGCUACCCCCACUUUGGGAGGCUACAUACGUCUUUCAGUAAUACUUCCCUUGCAUAAAGCAUUUGAGGGCUCUUCUUUGGGCAGUUUAUUUCACUGAUUGUAAUACAUUGUUUUGAUUACCCACAGUAGUGGUUAAGUACUAAUAUGCUUUUUGGUUAUAAAUAAAGUGUGGCUGUUUUUAAGUAAUGAAGCUGAUUUCUUGCUUGGUUUAGACAUAAACUAAUUUUAACAGAAGUUCCUAAAAAUAAGUUCUAAAAAUAUUUUUAGCAGUAUCAUCAUUUUUGAAAUGAUCUCUGGAGAUAUCUACUUUGAAUGACAACUUUUGUACAAAUGUCUUAAGUGUUUUCUGUUAAAAAAGAAAAAAUUCCACAUGAUUUCAUAAUAACAUUUUAUCAUAUAAUAUUUAGAAAGAACACAUGAAGCUUAAGACAAAAAACGUAAAAUAAGCAACAUUCUUUCUUAAGGGGAUUCUUUCCUGCAGAAAACAUAAUUUCUAGCAUUGGUCCAUAUUACAUAGAUUCCUUGAAUCUAGUUUUAGAGAAUCCAAAACAAUUUGGAUCUGGGAUUCACUUAUCCAAAGGCUAUUUUCAUAAGGUCUUCUCUUUAAAAUUAACUUGAAUGAUAAUUUUUUUUUCAAAAGGAAGUUUUGUUCUUUUUAUCCCAAAGCUUGCUACAACGAAGAGGGUUAUGUUGGAGAAAAGGGAACCCAAAAAAGAGGUAUUUGAAUUUUGAGGUUAGCAAUCCAUUCUGUUAAAAAAAUAAAAAAGACUUACUAUUUUGUUAGUUGUGAUUUAAAGGGCAUCACAAGAAUUAAUUAAAAAAAAAGUCAUAAUAUUUAAUUUUACAAUUCUGAAACUAUGACUGUACUACUGACCCUUUCAGAUAAUGAAUAAAUUUAUACUUUCAUGUCAUGGACAGAGUUUUAGGAUAUGUCUACCCUUUCAUUGUCAUUUUAUUUCAGCUUUUUAAACUUUUCAUUAUCUUAAAAAUGUUAAUUUUGUUUUUUAUCACUUUAAAACAUUGAGGUUAAGUUCUAAUGCCUAUAUCUUGGCUUCAGUUAUUUAAGUGAGGAAUUAUUAUUCUAAAUGUAAGAGUCUUCAACACUGUUUAGUCUAUUUUUAUUUUUUUAUUUAGUCUAUUUUUAAAAAUUAUUUUGAUAUAAUACCAAGUGCAUGUAUUAUGUUUAAUGUAGAAUAUAUGACUUAAAUGGGCUAUUCAGACUAUCUGAAUAACAUUAAGGUUUGAUUUUUAGGCAGUGGAUUAUUUUAGUAUAAAUAAAGAAGAAAGUGACUAUAAUUUCCAGGUAACUAAAAGUAACUAAUGUCAUCUCGAAAUGAAAAAAGGAAAAAGUAAUAGUAAUAAUUGGAAAAUGCUCUUUUAAUUAGUAGUUACUUAAGUGUAUUCAUUUUCAUUGAAUGUAAAAUGAGAACUACAUGUUGUGAAUUUAUUGCUUUUGUAAAUGCUUUUUGAAUACUCUACUUGAUGAAACUUAAGUGGGAAAAAAUAAAGCUAUUUCUAUCUA